GUAAAUCUUUCCAUACUUGUUCGCAGAUUAUACGUAAAUCUUUGUUACAUCAUACUCACAAUGGCUACAGAAUUUGUUGAAAAUGACAUUUCUCGAAAAUGGGAUCGGUGUUUCACCGAUGGACUAAUCAAAUUGGGUGGCGGUGUUGUCCUUGGAUCUGUCGUAUCUUUGAUGUUUUUCAGAAGAAAAUGGCCAAUUGUGAUCGGCGCUGGUUUUGGUCUGGGAAUGGCUUAUUCAAAUUGUGAAAAAGAUAUCAAUUCAUUACUACAUCAAUCAACGUCUACAAAACAUAACUGUAGUAAUUGA